AUGGCGACCAAAUAUGCCUUUACCCAAGGCUUGAGGGAGUUGAGAUUUCACCUGAGCAAUUCGGGCCAGGGAAGCGAUGCCUGCAGAUCCUUCCUCAAGCGAGCAUACCCUACCAUGAAGCACCACAAUCCCAAUACUCCUAUCUUAAUACGCGAAGCUACGGGCGUUGAACCAAAGGUGUGGGCAAGAUACGGGUUCGGAAGAGAGAAGUCAGAGUCAUUAUCAGGUCUUUCGGACAAGGAAAUAGAGGACAAAGUCACGACCUUGGUCAAGAGCGAAUAA